AUGGCAGCUCCACAGCCGUUGAACCUGUCACACCAUUUCUCUUAUGUGUCUAAGAACCGUCUACCUAGCACCACCAAGUCUCUCUACAAAUAUGCUGAAAUUCCAGGAAUUGCCAAUCUUUCUGGAGGUCUACCUCACUUUACAUACUUCCCUCAUGAUACGCUGGAAGCUACAGUCGCCCGGCCUCAUCGUCUCAAUGCAGGCGACUUGAAAUCUGAUCGACUUUUCAUUCCCAUGCAUUCUGACCCCAUCGACCCCAAGCAACGUAUCGACUUAUCCACCGCUCUACAAUAUGGCCUUGCUGAUGGUUAUCCGGCACUACGCUCUUUCAUGCGGCAGUUUGUCCGAGAUCACCUCCAUCCAAAUGUCCCCUACGACGGCGGUCCCGAGGUUAUAAUGACCUGUGGGAAUACCGACGGCUUGUCCAAGUCAAUCGAACUGCUCACCAAUAUCUGGAAUCCCGACCGAGACUGGGUUCAUCAGCGCGAAGGAGUGUUGGUCGAAGAGUUUACAUACAUGAAUGCUAUCCAGCAAAUAACUCCACGAGGGUUGAAUAUUGUUGGCGUUGCAGUGGAUGGACAGGGCAUGCUUGCUUUCGGUAAAGGAGGUCUUGCAGACGUACUUGAGAACUGGGAUUUCAAAAAGGGUCGCCGCCCCCAUAUACUGUAUACGAUAGCAAUCGGACAAAAUCCCACCGGGGGAGUAUUGUCGAUUGAACGUAAGAAAGAAAUCUACGCUCUCUGUCAAAAGUUCGACGUCAUUAUCGUCGAGGAUGAGCCAUAUUGGAAUCUACAGUACCCAUCAGCCUAUGAACUAGAGGCUAGUUACCGUGGCUCUUCUCCACAAGGCUCUAGCUCCUACCGCCAGAACUUCAAUUCAAAUGGAAAGUCCUCCGGAUUUCCCUUUCUAGACUCACUGACCCCUUCGUAUCUCUCCAUCGAUACCGAAGGCCGAGUGGUGCGCCUAGAUACAUUUUCCAAGACUAUUGCUCCGGGUAGUCGUCUCGGCUGGAUUACAGCACAGCCUGCCAUCAUCGAGCGCAUCACUCGGAUUACCGAGACUUCGACGCAGCAGCCAUCUGGCUUUGCCCAAGUCAUGAUUGCCAAGACAUUAAUGGGAAACCAAACUGCCGAUGAAUCCAAGCUUAUAAAUAAAGAAGACUUCAAGGGAUGGCGAGUAGAUGGUUGGGUGGGUUGGCUGGAGGGACUACGUGGCGGCUAUGAAAAGCGCAUGCAGGUCAUGUGUACAGCCCUCGAAGAGAACAAGUCCAUAAUCCUGGAACAACUUGAAAUGACUGGCGCUGUCGAUGACUGGGAAAUGGUUGAUCGAGUCCAGAUGUUCGAUUUUGUUUGGCCAAAGGCUGGGAUGUUCAUCUGGCUUGAGGUGCACUUUGAGACACAUCCUUUACGGCUCAAAUAUAGCGCCGAAGAACUAUCAAAGGCUUUCUGGGUUCAUCUCACAAAAGAACCGCACAAGUGCUUGAUUAGUCCGGGUAGUAUGUUUGGUGCUACACCCAAGUCUGCUGCGCUCUCCCACAAUUAUUUCCGUCUUUCCUUCGCGCCGAUGGAUCCUAAUGAAGUCGAAUCUCUCACUCGCAGACUGUUGGAUGGUUUUAGAUCAUUUUGGCAACUGAAGGAACUGGAGGAUGACGAAGUUCUAGAAGUACAAGCUGUUACUCUGCAGCGAAGUGCUAAUUUCCUUGGACCUGGCUGCUAA